AUGAUGGUGAACCAAACUAUGUCCAUCAUUCCAAUGACAGCAGGUGCUCCAGGUGUACCUGGACCCACCACAAACUUAAAUAUUGGUAUGGACUACUGGGGUGCUGCGGGUUCUUCCACACUUCCUGCCGUGCGUGGGAAGGCACCUCCUACUCCAGUUGCAGGGGGCAUGGUCACUGCUGGAUCACGAGAGAGCCUUCAAUCACAGCUUUGGCUACAGGGAUGGGUCCUAAAGAGUAGGAUUGUGGUUUCUUCUUCAGCCUCUCUUUUCACUCCAUCCUCCUCUUUGGAGCAUGAAAAUGGCUCUUUAUAUGAACAGAUAUGUAGUAGUCUUCCUCUAAAUUGCUACACUAGUAUGCCUGCUAGCAUAAGGUGUGAUCUAGGUGGUUAG